ACAUCGGACGUUUUUAAAGCGACACAUCUCUGAGUAUCGUCCAAGUCCAAACCCUUGUGAAAUCGUACCAGCUGCAUCACAAAGAUACUCUGAGACCAAGUGAGGACAAUGUAUGAAAAUGUCCCAACAGUCUCCACAGUGGAGCUCCAGCAGGUAUUGCAGGCUUUGGAGCGGCUGCAGGCUAAGAUGGCCCAGAGGGAGGAGUGGACCCACAGUGAGAGGCUUGGGGUGCUGAGGGAUGCCUUACAGAGCCCGCUGCUAGGACACAUCCUCACGCUGCAGCACUCAAUCAAACAACUCAAAGACCAGCUGAACUGCAUGCCUCCAGACACCUGCAGUGAUUUCAGCUUCUCUAGGAAGGGCCAGCUGAUUGUCAGUGCCAGCCGCCCAGCCACCAGCCUAUGCGCAUCCGGCCCCGGCUCUGUGCUGUCCAACGGCUCGGCCCUCGCCUCCCCUGACCAGCUCCAGAGAUGGCUCUGCACCUCCGCUAAGGGGAGGCAGACUGAGCACAUCAGCCUGCCCAAGCCCCUGUCUGGGGGCCUGGGCUUCAGUGUGGUGGGCCUGAGGGCCGAAGGGACAGGGGGCCACGGGGUCUUCAUCAGACAGGUCCAGCCCUGGAGCAUUGCACACUGGGACGGGCGCAUGCAGGAGAACGACCAGAUCCUGGUGAUCAACGGGACGCCCCUGGACCAGAGCGUCACCCAGCAUCAGGCCAUGUCUCUCCUGCAGCAGCCUGGGGACAGGGUGGAUCUGGUGGUGGCCAGGGACCCUGCCACCAUCACACAGCAUAUACACAACCCCCCGCCCUCACUCCCGCCUGGGCCCGUUCACAAGGAGCAGUGGGGACACAUGGAGGAGAUAGAGCUGGUGAACGAUGGCUCGGGCCUGGGCUUUGGGAUCGUUGGAGGCAAGACCACUGGGGUGGUGGUGAGGACUCUGGUUCCGAACAGUGUGGCUGACAAGGACGGGCGCCUGCGUAUGGGUGACCACAUCCUGGGUAUUGGUGAGACCCCCACGGGUGGCCUGUCUAGCGACCAGGUGGUCAAGGUGCUGCAGGGCUGCGGGAGCCACGUACGCAUGCUCAUCGCCCGUGACCCCUCGGGACAGCCCUCCACCCCCCUCCCCCCGCCCCCUCCCCCGCCCGCCUCCGGCCCCGUCUCUGCCUUACCCGCUGGAGUCGGACCCCAGCGCAGGGUCAGCAGGACGCCCAACCUGGAGGGUUAUGAGAUCCAUGAAGUGCCUCUGAGGAAGAAGGAGGGCCAGAGCCUGGGGAUCACUAUCAUCGGAUACAACGCCUUAACCUGUGAAGACGCGGUUGGGGUGUUUGUGAAGAACGUGGUUCCUGGGAGUGCCGCUGAGCAGAGUGGAAACAUCCGGAUCUAUGACAGGAUCAUGGCGCUGGAUGGGGUGAGCCUGCAGGGCUUCACUAACCAGGAGGUUCUGGAGGUGAUGAAGCAGACAGCCCAGACGGUCCACCUCACCCUGGUCAGGAAGAUCGCCUCGCCCAAACUGUCACUGGAGAGGUCCCUGGACAAAGUGCAGAGGGAGCCGUCACGUGUGUCUCUGAAGAGGUCUGCAGAGAUCAAGUCUCGGUUGUCAGACCUGCAGGUUGCGCCCCUUGUGGAGCCCACUGAGACACUCCUGAUGAGCACCAGUACUAGCAGAACACAGCUGGCCAGAGGUGUGAAGGAGAUAUCUCUGUCUGAACUGGAUCUGAGGGCCAAAUGGGAGCAGUCUCUGGGGCCACAGUAUGACGUUCUGGUGAUUGAACUGGACCCUGUUAUUGAAGAUGAUGCUGAACUACAGAAGUACUCCAAGCUGCUGCCCAUCCACACCAUGCGUCUGGGGGUGGAUUUGGACUCAUUUGACGGCCACCACUACAUCUCCUCUGUGGCCCCAGAGGGCCCUGUGGCCAAACACGGCCUCCUGAGACCAGAGGACCAACUACUGGAGGUAAACGGGGUGCAGCUGUAUGGCAAGUCGAGGCGCGAGGCAGUGGCGUUCCUUCGUGAGGUUCCCCCUCCCUUCACCCUCGUGUGCUGCAGACACCUGACAGAGGAGAACUCAGACAACCAGCCUGACCGGGACGAUGAGUGGUGCUCGCCCAGCCCCGCCGCUAGCCUCUCUGAGAUUGAAGCCAAACUGUCCUCUUUAGUGACUAGUCAGGCCUACUGCCGAGACCCUACAGGUGACCAGCCUCAGGACCAAACCACCCUAAAGGAGGUGUCGGAGGAGGAGCAAGCGCCCACAUACCCCAGCCACCAGGAGGAGAAAGUGCAUGAGGAAAGAGAGGAGGAGGAGGAGGAGGAUGAAAAGGGAGAGAUGGCUCUGUGGUCCCCAGACAUCCAGUUGUUGGAGCUGGAGAAGGGAGAGCGAGGCCUUGGCUUCAGCAUCCUAGACUACCAGGACCCUCUGGACGUGGCACGCUCGGUCAUCGUUAUCCGCUCGGUGGUGCCCGGCAGUGUAGCAGAGCGCCAUGGGCACAUUCUCCCCGGGGAUCAGCUGGUGUUUGUCAACGACACCUACCUGGACACGGUGACCCUGUCCCAGGCCGUGGAGGUGCUGAAGGCUGUCCCGUCUGGAACAGUCUACCUGGGCAUCCGCAAGCCACUGGUGGUGGAAGGGACCGAGGAGACGGGACUUGGGGACCUGGGGCUCCAGAGGACAGGGGGACAGAGCGAGGACAGAGAAAAUAAUAAUAGCGCCACCGUACGGUUUCGCAAUGGCUCCAUCCUCCCAGAAGUCCUUGGAGAGGAGGAGGACGAACCCGAGCUGAUCCUGGACAGUGGCUUCCUGCGCUACACCUCACCUCUGAUCCCUGCCUUGACCCUUAACCCAACCCCCACCUUGACCUCUAAGAGUCUUAACCCCACCCCCACUCCUACCCUGACCCCCAGCCCCCUCCCUCCAGGAGAGGAGAGGGAAAUGGCCGUGGAUGAAGAGGAGGGAGAAGAGGAAAAGGAGGACAUGGUGAAGGGUAGAGAGGGGCAGACCGUGGACUCCUACCCCAGAAAACCUCCACCGCCGUGGGGAGAGUGGGAGAGGGACAAUAGAGCCCCCGUCCACCCUGGAGCUCAGGAGCAGGUGGAGGAGGAAGUUGGAGAUGGUACUGUGGAGGAGAUACCCAACUCGGAGCUGGAGUCCAGAGCCCUCCUUGACCAGCUCUCUCUUGGUCAGUCUGUGGAUUCCUGGGUGGAGACUUGGGACAGUGAGGCAGACUCAGGCUCCAGGAACGGAAGAUCAGACCUCAUCCUCAGAGACAAAGACUCGGUGCGUUUGGUUGGCACAGAGAGGAGAAAGAGGAGGGGCCAGGGAGGAGGACGACACAGUGAUCUACCUGAGAGGGAGGAAGGAGAGGGAGAGGAAACCCCUGUCUUCAGUCACUGGGGACCCCCACGCAGAGUGGAGGUGUGGCAGGAGGAUGGCGAGUCUCUUGGCAUCAGCAUCGUGGGCGGGCACAGUGUCAUCAAAAGAUUGAAGAACGGAGAGGAACUCAAGGGCAUCUUCAUCAAACAGGUACUGCCGGAGAGCCCAGCAGGACGCACUCGCUCCCUCAAGACUGGAGACAAGAUACUGCAGGUAUCAGGUGUGGACCUCCAGAAUGCCAGUCAUGAGGAGGCGGUCCAGGCUAUCAAGACAGCUCCCAGUCCCGUGGUCUUCAUCGUCCAGAGCCUCUCUGCCACGCCAAGGCCUGUCUCGCUAACAGCGCCCAGUUACAGAAAACACAAGGCAAAGAGGAGAGUCAUGCCGAAAGCAGCAGUAGGAGGCACCCCUCCCCCAAUGAGACUCCCCCCGCCCUACCGGCCACCUGGUCAGCUGACAGAGGAGCGGGCCGAGGAGCUGGAGGAGGCCAAAGAGCGGAUCAGGUUGCGUUACGGGGAGCUGUGCGGGGAGCUUCUGUGUGUGGAGUUGGACAAGGAGCGCCAGGGCUUGGGUCUGAGCCUGGCGGGGAACAGGGAUCGCUCCUGCCUCAGCAUCUUCGUGGUAGGCAUCAGCCCCGGGGGCCCCGCCGCCAAGGACGGACGCAUCCGCAUAGGGGACGAGCUGCUGGAGAUAAACAACCAGGUCCUGUAUGGCCGCAGCCACCUGAACGCCUCGGCCAUCAUCAAGAGCGCCUCAUCCAAGGUCAAGAUCACCCUCAUCAGGAAUGAAGAUGCUAUCAACCAGAUGGCCGUUCCCCCCUUUCCAAACCCUCCUGCUGUCCUCUCCUCCACUGAGACUCAUCCCCCCAAAUCAACAGCAGCAGCGGUGGUAGUGGCUCCGGCCCCCACAGAGAAGCCCCAACCCCCAGAGAGUCUGGCCCUCAGCAGGGGACCCCUGGAGGCCUCCAUCUCCAUCAGCAGGGUGAAUCCCAGUGUUGGGUCCAGUGGGAACACAGCUACGGAGUUUGUGUCCAGAGAAGCGACACUCAAGAUCCUCCGAGAGGGAGAGACUUCCUCAAAGAAGCUCAAGGCCUCAGAGAAGGAGGCGGCUGAGUCUUCGGAGAGUGUGACUGUGCCAGCUGCCAAGACCCCUCUGGAGCAGCAGCUGACUGAGCCAAUCCCACUCAGGGUUGGCAUAAAAACCGGCUACCCAUUGAGUGCUGUUAACGUCAUCCAUCAACCAGUGUCUGAAAUGGCAAUGCCAGUGUGCCCCAGCCCAUGUGCGGACACCGAACCCAGGACAGGGACUGCAAGCCUGUCCAAAACCUGUCGGCUCUCCAGUAAGCUGCCUGUGGUGAGCUCUGUGGAAGGGGGGCUGGUGUCCCCCCCUGCCUCCUCCCUGCCUUCCUCCUGCACCAGCCCAGACUUUGAGUACUGCAGCAAAGACCCAGCCACGUGCCCUAUCGUUCCAGGCCAGGAGAUAGUCAUAGAGAUCGCCAAGGGUCGCUCUGGCCUGGGCCUCAGCAUCGUAGGAGGCAAAGACACCCAGCUGGAUGCCAUAGUGAUCCAUGAGGUGUAUGAGGAGGGGGCGGCGGCACGCGAUGGACGACUCUGGGCUGGAGAUCAGAUCCUGGAGGUAAAUGGCGUGGACCUGCGCAGCGCGGCCCACGAGGACGCCAUCACAGCCCUAAGGCAGACACCGGCCAAGGUGUGUCUUAAGGUUCUACGGGACGAGGCGCAGUAUCGCAACCAGGAAAACCUGGAUGUGUUCAGUGUGGAACUGCAGAAGAAGGCCGGCCGUGGCCUGGGCCUCAGUAUUGUUGGCAAGAGGAACGGCACGGGGGUGUUCAUCUCGGACGUGGUGAAAGGGGGCGCAGCCGAGCUGGAUGGCCGGCUAAUGCAGGGGGACCAGAUUCUCUCUGUCAACAGAGACGACAUGAGGCCGGCCUCGCAGGAGACGGUAGCUGCCAUUCUCAAGUGUGCCAGGGGGGUGGUGCUCUUGGAGCUGGGCCGACUGAAGGCUGCCUCCUGGAUCUCUUCCAGACGCACCUCCCAGGGAAGCCAGCAGAUGAGUCACGUCAGUGCCAGCAGCACAAUCGUCACGCCCCACCCCCCGCUAAACUCCACCCCCUCCACCUCUCAGCUCCUCAAUAACGUCAGGAAGCCAAUGACGGAGAGCAUGACGUCAUCACAGAGUGCAGCUGCAGAAACAGGGAUGCGCACUGUGGAGAUCACAAGGGGUCCUACUGAUGCGUUGGGGAUCAGUAUAGCUGGGGGGAAGGGCAGUCCUCUGGGGGAUAUCCCCAUCUUCCUGGCUAUGAUCCAGGCCAACGGGGUGGCAGCCAAGACGCACAGGCUCAAGGUGGGUGAUAGAAUUGUGAGUAUCAACUCCCAGUCUCUGGAUGGCCUGUCCCAUGGGGAUGUGGUCACCAUGCUGAAGAAUGCCUACGGCAGCAUAAUUUUCCAGGUGAUCGCUGACACCAACAUCAGUGCUAUAGCCAGUCAGGUGGAGAGUAUGUCGACUAGCAGCAGCCCCGAGACACAGCCAGGGGAGCCAGAAGCCCCCAAGCCAAAGAGUAUCUGCCUGGAGAAGGGUUCUGACGGCCUGGGCUUCAGCAUCGUAGGAGGCUUCGGAAGCCCUCAUGGAGACCUGCCCAUCUAUAUCAAGACUGUCUUCAGCAAGGGGGCAGCAGCAGUGGACGGGCGUCUGAAGAGGGGCGACCAGAUCUUGUCUGUGAACGGAGAGAGUCUGGAAGGGACCACACACGAGCUGGCUGUGGCCAUAUUGAAGAGACAGAGAGGGGCCGUCACCCUGGAAGUGCUGUCCUAGCUCACACACACACUGUACCCCUUGAACUGGUUUGAACUUUCCAACAUGUUCUGUGGAGUUGACCAACAACUGAUGCCCGUCUUCAGGCCUUUAAACAGCCCAUUAACGUGAAGGGGGCAUUGGUUCUGGAAGGAUUCAGCCAAUAGGUAACACAGGUGGCUGUUCCAGUGAGAGAGAGAACACGUGUGCCACGUUCAGCUGUGUCCUCAAGUGAACCAUUGGAAAUAAGAGUAGGGGCACCUCAUUUCCUGUGUGCCAUCUUAGGAGCUUCACUGUGAGGGCGGUUCAAUCGCUGCACUGACUGGAUACACGACUCAAAAUGGUGAACGUUUGGAUAUUAUGAAGCAAGGAAGCAAAGGGGCAAGCUUUAUAUGUGAACAAUGUGAAUAUCCGAUCUCUUUGUGUCAUUUCAAAUUUGUGUGAUCACACAUGUGCUUUCUUCAUAGAACACUGAUAGAGCAAUAUGAGUGGUUCCGUUGGUUUAGGAGGUCUCUUCACCGUUAGCCUAGCGUUAGCUUAGCAUCUCCCUUAUCGGGAGACACUGGUUAGCCGUUAGCGAUGUUAGCUGCAGUUACUGCUAAUGUGCAAACUGCGAGGAGGAAUGGUCUCGGCAGGGAACAGGGCUAUGAUGCACUAAACUGGAACAGAUACUACACACACGCACACAAUAUAUGCUAGCUAGUCACUGUCAGGUUGACACGUUCUCAUUCAUCACAGACACUUGUCCAUCUGUCUCAUAUCAUGUCAUACUUGGUGCAAACACACAAUUUAAACUCCUAGUGUCUGGCUUUUACACAACACUACUCCGUUCAACAGUGAUUAGGCUAGACAUGGCCAAAAUAACUGGUAAACAGCCAUGCACUUGUAAUACACUUCAUAGCAUGCUCGUAAGAAUGACAUAACACCCUCUGUAGACAUUAAAAGGCAGUUAUAAAGGCCACCCAACUACCGGCUGGUAUGUCACUAUACAGUACCUUGUGUAGUCCUGCAAGAAGUUGCUGUAAGAUUUUGUAGGCGUCACGAGGAAGCUUUUUUUUUUUUUUAAGAUGUGAGACAGGUUAUUAGUACACGAAGUGUUGACAAAUAAUCUGAACCCGCUUCGAAUUCGAGACCAGGAAAAAUGUGUACUGUAUGCGUGUGUUUGUCAGAUCAGUUGCCAUUAGCAGUACAAUGUAAUGUAGGCGAAUCUCAGGACUUCCAUCAGGCAUUGUGAGUCUGUUGCUGGGGUUUGCUUUACACUAGUGGGGGUGAGUAUGGAGGGUAGCCAAAUAGUUAGCCAAAUCUUUACCUCCUUUGUUGCUGGCUAUGGAAUAGCCCUGUAAGCCUAUAGGUCCUAUGAAAUGGUGUCAAAAUACAUCCAUGUCUUAACUAGCCUGGUCCCAGAUUUUUGUGCUACAUUGUCACGCCAAACCAGACAGCACAAACAGGUCUGGAACCAGGCUAUGUCUUACUGGUUGAAGGGGGAUGGGAUAUUAUGCUAUUGUGAUAUGCUAUUAUGAAAUGAUGCUAUGAUAUUGUGAUAUGCUAUUAUGAUAUUAUGCUAUUUCUGCUUUGAGUGGGAUCAUUCACUUCCUAUCCAAUCCUCCACCAACUAUAAUUUUAAUGUGUUAGUGGACUGGACACGUUUCAACAAGGUGCUAAUACUUUUAGUUUUACCUGCCUUUAUGUCAUAUGGAUGGUACUACAUGUAUGUUACUGUAAGCUUAUUCUUUAGCCUGUCACAGUAAAACAAUUAUUAUUUUUACAUCAUUUUUGGGAACUAUGAGAAUCAACAAUGAUCCAUUAUUUUCUUGUUAUGAGACGCAUUUAUCAUCAUGUAGCAGGGUUGUAUUCAUUAGGCACCAAAUGGAAGAAAAUUGACUGAAACAGGAAAGGACAACCUGAACUUGUCCAAUAGGAGACACUCGUUUUCAUUUUACGAAGAAAAACAUUUUGCUACGGUGUGCAUUAAUGAAUACGACCCAUGUCUGUCUGUAGCUUCACACUGUCCUGUCCAGCGGCGAGCAGCUUGCCACGUCCAACAAUGACAGGAUAUACUGUUUCUCUUGGAGCCCUUCGUCUGUCUCCUGUAAACCCCUCCACGCUCACAGGAAGUGACAACGCGUUCCUCCAAGACACUUUGAGGCCCCCUCUGGGAUGUGUUCAUUAGGCACCAAACUGGGAAAAUGGUCUGAAACAAGGAGGGACUACCUGAACUUAAUGAAAAAAUACUUGUUUUUGUUUUCCGUCGCAAACCAUUUUGCUACGCUGUGCCCUAAUGAAUACGACCCUGGUCGACACUGUAUAUUACCCUGCAUAUUAACUCUCAAACCGUGCCCGUCUCAGUUUACAUUUUACAUUUUUAGUCAUUUAGCAGACGCUCUUAUCCAGAGUGACUUACAGGAGCAAUUAGGGUUAA